GCGGACGGCGGGGCGGCGGCGGCGGCGGCGGCGCGGAGGAUGAAGUGGAGCGUGCGGGGAGCCUGCGCCGCGCUCUCCAGCUGCCUCCUGCUCGCCUGCGCCCUCAGCGCCGCCGCCGUGGGCCUCAAGUGCUUCUCGCUCGGCUCCGAGCUCAAGGGCGAGCCCUUCCGCCUGGGCACCGCCGCCGGCGCCUUCUACUCGGGGCUGCUGCUGGCCGCCGGCCUCUCGCUGCUCGCCGCUGCGCUGCUCUGCUGUCGCCCGCCCGACGAGGCGCCCGUGGCGCCGGCUCCGGCACCGGCCCCAGCACCGGCACCGGCCUCUGCUUUGGCCCCGGCCGGCGACCCGGACCCGGCGAGCGGCGGCCCCGGCGGGGCGGAGGCGGCGGCCGCGCCGUCGGGGCCGGUGGAGAAGGCGUCGCCCGGGGGGCGGCAGAACUUCCUGCUUCUGGGGGUGCUGGUGUUCAUGCUGGGCGUGCUGAGCGCCUUCGCCGGCGCCGUCAUCGACGGCGACACCGUGUCGCUGGUGGAGAGGAAGUACUCGCACUAUUGCCUGCUGCAGCCCGGCGGCGCGGCCCGCCCGCGGAGCGGACCCGCGGCCCCCGACGGCACCGCCGCGGCGCUCCGCUGCCAGAAGCUGCGGGACUACCAGCAAGGCUUGGUGCUCUCCACCGUUUUCAACGCGCUGGAGUGCCUCCUGGGCCUGCUCAACCUGCUUCUUGUCAAGAACUACAAAGCCGCGCAGCAGCGCGGACGGAGGCGGCGGCGGCGGCGAGCGGCCCCGGCGGCGGCGGCGGCGGGCGGGCGGCGGCGGCGGCGGAGGGGCGGCGGCGGCGGCGGGCGGCGGGCGCCGCGCCACAGCCAGGGCUCCCUCUUCUCCGGCGGCGAGCCCGAGCUCAGCCCCGGGGACUGCCCCUUCCAGGCCGUCUCCUACAUCAACGUGGGCGUCUUCCACGUCUUCGACGAGGCUGGCGUGGAGGUGCACUGCGGCGGACAUCCCUCCGUCGAGCUGCCCGGCUACUCUCCCAUGGACCCCGAGCUCAACGCCUCCUACCCCUACUGCUACCCUCUGCCCAGCGAGCAGCCCCCCGCCUACGAGGAGAUCUACCCCGGGGAGCCCUGCGCUCACGGCACUUAGCGCCGACCGCCGCCGGGACGCCCGGCUCCCC